GCUCAUAAGCGGAGCAGGUAUAAAGGGCACAGAGGAGCGCGCGGCGCCGCACCGAGCAGAAUGAGGGCAGUGAUAAUGUGGAUCUGCCAGACCGUCCUGUGCGUCCUGCUGUCCGCCGGCGUGGGUUGUAGGAAGCAGUCGCUGCAGCGGUACCAGAAGAGCGAGGACAGCAGGCUGCUGUGUUCCGACGGCAGCCAGUCUGCUCGAGUCCGGAGGUUAGCGCUAGAGAACUGCGCUCAGAAAUGCAGCAAGAGCAAGACCUGCAGGGCAUUUAACUAUGACCACAUUAAUGGAACGUGCCACUUGCUUUCAUUUGACCGUUUCAUGGAAGGAGUGCAGAAGGAGCGGCGAGCCAACCAUGACCUUUACGAGAAGAAAGACUAUGUGCGCGAGUGCAUUGUUGGUUCAGGUGUGAACUACAAGGGAAGAAGAUCGGUUACAAGGAGUGGAGUCUCAUGCCAGGCCUGGAAUGUAUCAGUGCCCCACGAACACAAUUUCAAGCCUGCCAAACAUAGGAAGUAUGACCUGCGAGAGAAUUUCUGCCGAAACCCUGAUAAAGACAUAAGUGGACCCUGGUGCUUCACCAACUCUUCAGAGAUUCGGUAUCAGGAGUGCGGACUGCCCCAGUGCUCAGAAGUGGUGUGUAUGCGGUGUAAUGGGGAAGCAUACAGAGGUCCAAUGGACCACACUGAGACUGGGAAAGAGUGCCAGAGGUGGGACUCACAGAGACCCCACAAACACAAAUACCAGCCUCACAGGCACUCAGGUAAAGGACUGGACGAUAACUACUGCCGUAAUCCCAAUAAUGACGUGCGUCCUUGGUGCUACACCAUGGACAGAAACACACGCUGGGAAUACUGCAACAUCAGUGUGUGUGAUUCAGCUCACCAGGCUGACAAGGAUGUGACCACCGCAUGUUUUCAGGGUCAGGGGGAGCGUUAUCGGGGAACAGUCAACGUCACCCCCAGCGGAGUGGCCUGUCAACGCUGGGACUCGCAGUUUCCACACAACCAUUCCUACACCCCUCAAAACUACAACUGCAAAGAUUUGAGAGAAAACUUCUGCAGAAACCCUGACGGCUCUGAAAUCCCAUGGUGCUUCACCACAGAUCCCAAAGUGCGUAAAGCCCUCUGCACCAACAUCCCCAGGUGUAAGACAGAAAAGACAGAGUGUUAUGAUGGCAAUGGUGAGAGCUACCGAGGCAACGUGUCAAAGACCAGGUCGGGCAUACCCUGUGGACUCUGGUCAGACCACACAUACAGCAGGGAUACACGUUCUGAAGAGGCGAGUGCAGGGCUGCAGUUGAACUUGUGCAGGAAUCCAGACAGAGAUAAGCAUGGCCCGUGGUGCUACACCUCUAACUCCUCCAUUCCAUGGGAUUACUGCGGACUAGAGCGCUGUGAAAAGGCUAACCAUAUAGAGACGCCCGGGCCAAAGCCAUCAUGCUUUGUGCAUAAGACCACGCGAAUUGUCGGGGGGAUGCAGGUGCAGCGGGCAGAGGACGGAAGCUGGGUGGUCAGCAUUCAGAAAGGGAACAGGCACUGGUGUGGUGGAUCUCUUAUCCGAGAAGAGUGGGUCCUCACCGACCAGGAAUGCUUCCCUUCAUGCGUUCCUGAUCUUUCGGAGUUCAGCGUGCACGUGGGUCUCCUCCACCUCAGUGCCUCCUCACACACGAGCGGGCUCCGCAUUGCACACAUGGUCUGUGGACCAGAGGGCUCCAACCUGGCUCUGCUCAAACUCGCCCGGCCAGCCCCUCUCUCAGAGCAUGUGAGGACUGUGCAGUUGCCUGUUGCUGGAUGUCAAGUGUCAGAAGACUCCCAGUGCCUCAUGUAUGGUUGGGGAGAGACGAAAGGCACAGGCCAUGAAGGCAGCCUGAAAAUGGUGCAUCUUCCCAUGGUCAGCAAUGACAAAUGCUCACGAAUCCACAAUGGUAGCCUACCUAUCACAGAGACCAAAGUCUGUGCAGGGGGGGAGAAGGACCAGGGCGUGUGUGAGAAAGACUACGGCGGUCCACUCGUGUGUCAGGAAAGAGAGAGCAAGGUCAUCAUCGGCGUGAGCAUCCACGGCCGGGGUUGCGCCAUCGCCCGGCGACCUGCUAUCUUCGUCAACGUGGCCUAUUACUCAGAGUGGAUUCACAAAGUCUUCAAACACUAUUCCGACAUUGAGGCAACUUACUAGAACAUGUUUGUACAGUUAGAAAUCACUGCAGGUGUUCAUUUACUGUGACCUAAGGUGUUCAACACGUGGCGCGUGCAGUACGUACGGCAUUUGCCAUGUUGAGAAUGGAUGUUACACCGACAGGAGCCUGCAACUUGUUGCUUCAAGAAUAGAGACUGCUCAGAAGAGAGUUCAAUGAGUGCAGACAGCGUCUUCUCGAAGGCCCCUUUAAAUCAACAAACAAAAAAUGAUGAGUUUUGGAUUUUUUUCUGGCUGAUGAGAUUUUUUUUCUGGUGACUGAUGUUUUUUUUCACUGAUUGCUCGCAAAUCCGGGACACUUAGACAAAUGGAACAGAAAGAAGAUGGAAAAGGAACUGAAGAAAACAUCACGGCGUAAAACAGCAAGUUUUGCCAAAAGCAUUGACCAAAGCAUCGUUGACUCACUCUCUAUUGUUCUCCUGGAGAUACUUGAAUGCAAUGAUAACCAAAAGUAUCCAGAUUCAGAACUGAAGUUUGGUUAUUCACUUUGAGGGGCACAAGAGCUUCUUUUCAGUUUCUAAGAAGUCACUAAGGGGUGCAAGCAGAGGUGAAAUGGUUCUUGGGGGGGGGUUUUCGAGGACUGCUACGGUAGUAGUGGAUACAUCAGCAGGGAACCUCAUCACUAGAGCCAGUUCUUUUAUAUGAGAAAGUCUGAUUACAAUGUCACUAUGCAUUUAUAUUUUGUCAGCGCAGCAUUAAAGGUAAUUUUUUCUGACUGGCUGCGUAAUUAAAUAACUGUGCUGCAUAGUUGAGAUAUAAACAAAGGCGUUCAGCGGAGUUUGAUGUGAAAUACUCUGUCCAAGAGAAAUACAUUGAAUACAUUGCCUGAUGCUGUGUUAUGAUAAGUUUGAGAUACGGUUUUGGCUUCAACUGUAGUAGUUGAGUGGUACACUUGGGGUGUUGUAAGGCAAAACUGUACCCAAAGAAAAGGUGUACCACUAACUUAGCAUUAACAACAGAUUCACUAGUCAUUUCAGAUGUUGGGAUUUGUGCUGUAAUCAUCAAACUCAUCCUGUCAACGCCGCUGUGAAGAAAUCUGACUCUGUAAAUUUCUCAACAAGGAACCAUUUUACAUCAAACCACUCCGACUUUGUUUACGAUGCAACAAAAAAACCUGCCUUAGUCGUAUGUUUGAGCUGACGCUGUACAUUCGAAGUGUGUUCAGUAAUAGAGAGUGUUACAUAGCUUGCCUUACUCCAGUAUGGAGCGUACAGUGGCCCUUUUUGGGGCUGUGCAUUUACUAAGUUUGGUUUAAUUUUUGCUCUUGUGAGUAUUUUGCUGGUACUCUAUAGGUCUCAUAGAUCUGGCUAGCUUACAAAUAUGUGAAGGUCUGUCCAUUCUCACGGUGUAUUAUGUCUAAAUUGUAAGGUUAUUUAUUUAUAAUAACAUGGAGGAAGAUUUUUCCAGCAAUAUCAUGUUACAAAAGUGUUAAUUUUGGCAUGAACUUUAAAGACGUGCCUUUAUUAGAGGAACAAAGGGAUAAUAUAUGUUUCAUAAGCACAUCAUUUGUUUAUGCACCAUAAUAAAAUAUUCUGACUCAAAUAUGGCUCCCUACAGGUCUAUAAACCACAAAUAUCUCAAUCUAAACAGAGGCUAUAGUUAGUACAAGAGCUAAUAUAGCUUGAGUUACAUACCUCUGACUGCAGAAAGUCCUGAAAUAGACUGGGGCUCUAAGGCAAGUCACGAACAGUUUUACAGGUUUGCUCAGACACAAAACAUACCAUAUUUAUUUUAAUGUUCAUGGCCAUUUUAUGAGCCAAAUGAAUGCAAAUGUAUCAUUAUGUAAAUAUUAUUGUAUAUAAACUGUGCUUUCCAAAUAUUCCUACAUUGUUUCAGCGUUGUACUCACUUUCCCUUUCGACGUGUUUUGUCCUUCACUUUUUGAGCUGCUACACUUGGCUGACGUCCCACUACAUCAAGUUAUGUUAUUAUUGGUAUUUUUUUAUUUAUUUUAAAUGAAUGACUUCAGUGACUAAGAGUUUGCUGGCUUUUUUGUAAAUAAUUUGUCGGACAGUAUGUUAAGAGCAUUUGUAAUAUUGAUUUUUGUAUUAAAUUAAAGUUGAUUAUGAUAGAUA